GAUAUCGCUUGUUAGGUCCUGCCCAUUGCUAGGAGACGACGCCAUUUUGAAUGUAAACUGCUUCAACUUGUCGGCAGUGUGAGAAAACUCAGAACUUACGAAUGAAUUUAUAAGCCGAAGGUUGAUAUGACGUCAAGAAUGAGCAGAAGUUCCCACGGUGGGAAACCGUUUUCUGCCAACAGAACUCGCGUAGAGGGUGCGAGUAAAACUACAGCUGAUGGUCAGAAGUACCCGGAAAUCAAGCAGCGGGGAUUUUACUCUGAUAUCAUUGGAACAGAAGCAGAUGUUGCAGAAGUGUUAGAGGGACCUCUAACAGAUCAUGACACAUUGUGGAACGUCGCCAAAGAAAAACACAUACCCAAAGUGACAGCAUUUGAAGAAAAAACAGAUGUGUUAGAGACACUGAAAGGGCAUACAUAUGGUCCAAGCACCGAAAUCACAGCCAUUUCUGAUUUUCCCAUUGAAGCAUCAGAGCCAAAAGUAGAAUUGCCAUUUUACACAAAACCUGGGGAAUGCCCCAGGAAAAUCGAAACAGAAAGGAGGAGACGAUUAUACUCCACCUUAGACCUGAAGUCCCUCCUUAAAUCUGAGGGAAUUAAGACUGAUCAGUUAAUGCCAAAAGAGAGCCAGUUCCCAGUGAAACUGAAUGUGGAUCCCAAUGACCCCGCCCCCUUCCCUCCCUACCUCCCCCUCCAUUUGUUUGACAAUGAGGAACAUGACAUCCGUACCUCGGGCGAGUGGAUCCUCAUGGGACACACUAAUGGACACAGAAAACCUGUCCCUGGGCUAGCAUUGUUGCCUAGCAAAGAUUCAGACAAAGAGUUGGAUCCAACAGACCCUAAGAUUGUGUACGAUUGGUUUGAGGUCGGAGUGUUGGACUAUAACCCAGAAGACAAGUGCUACCUUGUGCAAAAGGUCAACAGUCAAGGUCGUGUGGUGGAUGGUUCAGGGAAGCCAGUUAUCAAUGGAGGAAUUCAGCCAGAUGGUUCCAGAAUAGAGCUUCCCAGCCAGUACUGGAUUCACAGGGUGAGGCUGAUGUUUAGGGGAGAGGAUCCUAGAGUUUUUGCCAGGAGAGUGGUGGAUGCGUUCCGGCUGAGGAAGAACACGGAAGCCCUGGUCCGGUACAGUCUGUAUGUGGACUGUAUGCCAAUGGAGGGGGUGGGGGAGCUGGACCAGGCCUCCCUCAAGAGAAUGAUCGAAGCGUCCCGGGAUGUCCGCGGACUCAAGGGAGACAAACGGUUGGAUGAUUACCUACAAGUGCUUGAGAAGGAGGUGAACAUUGACUUCUGCCGAUCCAUGAACCGCAUCAUCUUUGAUAAGACGGUGGAGAAUGAUCCUUUCACUUUUGGUUUCGUAUCUCAACCAGAGGAGGCAAAUAUUGUGGUACCAGAGAAAGGCUGCAAUGUAGACAUCACUGAGUACCCGUUUGACAGCCAGUACGACGACUUCACGUUCAACUCCCUGCUGACCAGGGAGGAGAGUAUCUCGGCCAUUGGGAUGGUGCGCAGCGAGUGUAACAAAGUGGUGAUCAUGUCCCUGUUCCACAUUCCCACCACCAAACCUAUGAGGCUGGAGGAGUUUGAGCAGACACAGGCCCAGGCCACUUCACAGGUGUCCUUAUUCCUGAAGGACAGUUGGAUCAGCACACUGAGGAAUGCCAUCAGAACCUCACUCCGAGAUGUCGGCAAGGGCUGGUUCAACAUCCACGAGAAAAACUUUCAGGUUUAUGAAAUCUCCAAGCUGAAGAAGCUCAUGGAAAUGGUCAAAUUCAUCAUGCAGGAUUCCAUGCGGUACCUGAUUCAGGAUUCCCUGGUCAACUUCACACAGAUGGUGCUUGAUGCAAGCCAUUCAACUCUGAAGCUGCCUGAAGAUUUUACAUGGGGAACUGACCUCAUCAGCAGCACCUACAAGCCCAAGAGGAAUGCCCUGUUCUUGGUGGAUCUGAUGUUGGAUAAUCAGGGUGUCCACUAUAGCACAAACCUGAACAGCUUUGAGACAAUGUUGGUGGGGCUGUUUGAUAAGGCCAUUGGUUCGACUCAGAACGUGCCUCAACUCGAGAAGUACAUAUUGGAGGACAUAUUCUGGUCGGGUACUCCUCUGUUGGAGUCGGUGGGAGCCCAUGAGCCACCCGUGGAGAAACUCAGAAAACAAAUCAAGGAGGCCAUCAACCAGGCACUGAUCCCAAUGAAAGCCUACGCCAGAGAGUAUGAGAAACAUCUGGAACUGAUGAACCUUGACAUCAACAAAUACAUCGCUGACUACGAAAAGAAGGAGGGAACCACAGCAGUGGAGGUCAAACAGGAAGUUGAGAUGCACCUUAAGGAGAAGGACAUCAUCGAGGCCACUAUCCCUGGUAACAUCGUCAUUGGGCCAUUCUGGGUCAACACAGAGAACGUCAAACAGACCCUUUCCAAGAAGAGAAAGAACCUCAGCAAUGCCAUGUUGGAGCUCCUGGCCAGGAAACUCCGCAACCAGGCUGAUGAUGCUUGUGAGGAAUUCAAGGAGAUCAACCGUAAGUUAUACAACAAACCUAACUGUGUGGAGGAGUUGUCCGACAUGAGGGAGUGGAUGAAGGGAAUCCCCGAGAGACUCCAAGAACACCAGGAAAAAAUUGACAAAGCUAUGGAUGACUAUGAGUUGAUAGAGGAGUUUUAUUAUAACUUGUCCACAGACGACUUCAAUGCCAAGUGGACGGCAAUUGGCUGGCCACACAAGAUUGAGCGACAGAUGGAGCAGACUUAUGAGCAGCUUGACCAGGAUGAGGAGAGGUUCCGUAAGCUGCAGGGCUCGGACCAGGCCAACUUCAAUGACCGACUGGACACACUACAGAUGGUGGUGGCAGGAAUGGCCGCCUACACUGACAUUAGCAAGGCCCAUGAAAUCGCUAAUGAGGUCAGGAGGGUCAACAAGCAGCUGAAGGAAGCUCAGGGAUUGGCCAGCACAUACAACAACCGCGAGAGGUUGUUUGGUAUGCCUGUCACAAACUAUGAAAAGCUGUCCAAACUUGUGAAGGAAUUUGAACCAUUCCGAAACUUGUGGAUCACUGUUUCGGAUUGGUUGCGGUGGCACGAGAGCUGGAUGAACGAUCCAUUAAAUGCUAUCAACUCUGAGGAGGUAGAGAAAAACGUCAAUGAAGCCUUCAAGACAAUGCACAAGUCGGUCCGAUUCUUCCAAGAAAUGCCAAAUGUCCAGCUAGUAGCCACAGAGAUCAAGGGUCUGAUUGAGGACUUCAAGCCCUACAUUCCCCUCAUCCAGGGUCUGAGGAACCCAGGAAUGAGGAGCAGACAUUGGGAUCAGCUGUCGAAUGACAUUGGAUUCCCAGUGCGACCUAAGGCCAAUCUGACAUUCAGUAAGUGUCUGGAGAUGAAGCUCCAGGAUCACAUGAGCACCAUCACCAAGGUGGCGGAGGUGGCCGGUAAGGAGUACUCCAUAGAGCAGGCCUUAGACAAGAUGGAGAAGGAGUGGGAGAACAUUAAGCUGGAGAUCAAACCCUACAAGGACACCGGCACCUACAUGAUCCGGACGUCCGAGGAGACCUCCCAGCUCCUGGACGAUCACAUUGUGAUGACCCAGUCCAUGUCAUUCUCACCAUACAAGAAGCCGUUCGAGGACCGCAUCAGCAGCUGGGAGAACAAGCUGAAGACAACACAGGAUGUUCUGGAUGAAUGGAUCACAUGUCAAAGGUCGUGGCUGUACCUGGAGCCCAUCUUCUCCUCGGAGGACAUCAACCGACAGCUGCCGGUGGAGAGUAAGAGGUACCAGACCAUGGAGAGGAUCUGGAGGAAGCUGAUGAAAACCGCCAAGGACAAUCCUCAGGUGAUUUCCCUGUGUCCAGACAAUAGACUCCUGGACAACCUGAGGGAGUGUAACAAACUGCUUGAACAAGUGCAGAAAGGUCUCUCCGAGUACCUGGAGACCAAGAGGAAUGCCUUCCCACGAUUCUACUUCCUGUCCGAUGAUGAACUGCUACAGAUUCUGUCUCAAACCAAAGAUCCCACAGCUGUACAGCCCCAUCUCAGGAAAUGUUUUGAAAACAUUGCUAUGCUGAAGUUUGAGGAGGAUCUGAAGAUCACCAGAAUGUACUCUGCUGAGGGUGAGGAUGUGGCCUUCAUGGAGACACUCUACCCCACAGGGAACGUGGAGGACUGGAUGUUGGAGAUUGAGCGCUGCAUGAAGGAGAGCUUAAGGAUCAUCAUCAGGGAUUCCCUCAAAGACUACAAAGAGAUUAAGAGAACGGAUUGGGUGUUGAAGUGGCCCGGUCAGGUUGUGAUCGCCGGAUGUCAGACGUACUGGACAUCAGAAGUGACAGAGGCCCUGGAGAACAAGUGUCUGAAAGAGGGUUACCAGAAACUGCUGAGUCAGCUGGACGACCUGCGAAACCUGGUCAGGCUGGACCUGAAGAAGAUCGAGAGAAUGACGCUGUCUGCACUAAUUGUCAUAGAGGUGCAUGCCCGAGAUGUGGUUGCCAGGAUGGUGGAAGAGAACGUGGCCAACGCCAACGACUUCGAGUGGAUCAGUCAGCUUAGGUACUAUUGGAAGGAAGAGAACCUGUUUAUUCGAGCUGUGAAUGCAGAGUUUAGUUAUGGAUACGAGUAUCUCGGGAACACACUACGUCUUGUCAUCACUCCUCUCACAGACAGAUGUUAUCUGACCUUGACUGGUGCCCUUCACUUGAAGUUUGGAGGUGCCCCUGCAGGACCAGCUGGUACAGGAAAAACAGAGACAACAAAGGACUUGGCUAAAGCCAUGGCUAUCCAGUGUGUGGUAUUUAACUGCUCAGAUCAGCUGGAUUUCAUGGCUAUGGGAAAAUUCUUCAAAGGUUUAGCCAGUUCUGGUGCAUGGGCAUGUUUUGAUGAAUUCAACCGAAUAAACAUAGAAGUGCUGUCUGUAGUUGCCAUGCAAAUUAUAACCAUUCAGAAGGCUAUGGACGCCAAGGUGGACAGGUUUGUCUUUGAGGGGGUGGAGCUCGUCCUCAAACCUUCCUGUGCCGUCUUCAUCACCAUGAAUCCUGGUUACGCCGGAAGAACUGAACUUCCUGACAAUCUUAAGGCUCUGUUCCGUCCCGUGGCUAUGAUGGUGCCGGACUACGCUCUCAUUGCCGAGAUCAGUCUGUUCUCCUUUGGUUUCUCAGACGCCCGAGUGUUGGCCAAGAAGAUUGUCACCACAUUCAAGCUGUCCUCAGAACAGCUCAGUUCUCAGGACCACUACGACUUUGGUAUGAGAGCCGUCAAGUCUGUCAUCUCAGCUGCUGGUAACCUGAAGAGACAGUAUCCAGACAUGAACGAGGAACUGAUAGUCCUGAGAGCUAUCCGAGAUGUGAAUGUUCCCAAGUUCUUGGUAGAGGAUCUGAAACUGUUCAGCGGUAUCGUGUCUGAUCUGUUCCCCAACAUCAAGGAGGAGCCCAUUGACUAUGGUGCCCUGGACACUUCAUUGAGGAAGAUGUGUGUCAAGGGAGGACUCAAAGAUGUGGAAGGAUUCAUCAGCAAGUGUAUCCAACUGUUUGAGACAACUGUGGUCAGGCACGGACUUAUGUUGGUCGGACCGACUGGUUCCGGCAAAACCAAGUGCUAUGAGGUCCUAAAGAAUGCCCAAACAUCGCUGAAAGGAGAAAUGUCACCUGCAGGAACUGAAUUUGAGACAACCUUGACAUAUGUCCUGAAUCCCAAAUCCAUCACCAUGGGUCAACUUUACGGAGAGUUUGAUCUGCUCACACAUGAAUGGACUGACGGUAUCCUGUCCACCUUGAUCCGUAUCGGAUCCGGGGCUACAGAUCCCAAGAAGCGUUGGUAUGUGUUUGACGGACCUGUGGAUGCCGUCUGGAUUGAGAACAUGAACACAGUACUUGAUGACAACAAGAAGCUCUGUCUGAGUAGUGGAGAAAUCAUCAAACUGACCGAGCACAUGACCAUGAUGUUUGAGGUCCAGGAUUUGGCAGUUGCCUCCCCUGCCACUGUCAGUCGUUGUGGUAUGGUGUACUUGGAACCCAGCUAUAUUGGCCUGGGACCAUUUGUGGAGUGCUGGAUCAGGAAGCUCCCUGACGCUAUCUACCCCCACAAAGAAAAGCUGGAGGGGCUAUUUGAGAAAUUUAUGGAGCCUGCCAUUAAGUUUGUGCGUAAGGAGAUGAAGGAGAUCGUGCCAACCGUGGACUGUAACCUGGUGUUCAGUCUUCUGAAGCUUCUUGACUGUUUCUUCCAGCCAUUUGUUCCUCAGGAGCCUGAGAAGAGAAAAUGGGGAGAUAAGCCGAUCCCGCAGGCGCGGUUGGACCGGAUUGUGGAGCUGAUCGAGCCCUGGUUCUUCUUCUCACUGGUUUGGUCUGUGGGCUGUACCGGGGACAACGAUAGCUGGCUCAAGUUCUCUGACUGGGUCCGCCAACAGAUGAAGAAAGAAGGGUGUGAGCUGCCUUUCCCAGAGACGGGUAUUGUGUACAACUACCGGCUGGAUGAUGCAGGGAUCAGCAGCAGUGAAAACGAUGAGAAUCUGGAGGAGGAAACAGAAGUUCAAAAGGUCCAAUGGAGGAACUGGUUACAUGGAGUGCCAGAUUUUAACAUCCCCCCAGAUACCAAAUUCUCUGACAUCAUCGUACCCACAAUGGACACAAUUCGAACCUCCCAUGUUUUGGAGAUGCUCCUCAAAAACAAGAAAACGGUGUUGUGUGUGGGUCCUACUGGUACAGGUAAAACUCUGACCAUUGCUGACAAGCUGACCUCUAAGAUGCCCAAAGAGUUCCUGCCAGAGUUCAUCGUCUUCUCAGCCAAAACCAGCGCCAACCAGACCCAGGAUCUGAUCGACGGAAAGCUGGACAAGAGGCGUAAAGGUGUGUUUGGUCCUCCACUUGGAAAAUACUUCAUCUUCUUCAUUGAUGACUUGAACAUGCCGGCCUUAGAACAGUAUGGAGCACAGCCUCCCAUUGAGCUGAUCCGGCAGUGGAUGGACUUCUAUGGGUGGUACGACAGGAAGGCCAUAGGUGACUUCCGUAACCUUGUGGACGUGAACUUCUGCUGUGCUAUGGGACCCCCUGGGGGUGGUAGGAACCCCAUCACUGCCCGCCUCCAGAGACACUUCAACUUGCUUGCUUUCACAGAAAUGGAGGACCCCAGCAAGAAGAAGAUCUUUGGAACCAUCUUAAAGUCUUGGAUGCCCCCGAGCUGUGCCCAGUACACGGAUAAGAUGGUGGAGACCUGUAUCCUGGUGUACAACACGAUCAUCACCCAGCUGCUGCCCACCCCUGCCAAGUCCCACUACACCUUCAACCUGCGCGACCUGUCCAAGGUGUUCCAGGGCAUGCUAAUGAUGGAGCAGGGCAAGAUAGAGGGCAUUAAUGACGUGAUGAAGCUGUGGUACCAUGAGAGUUGCCGGGUGUUCCAGGAUCGUCUGGUCAACGAUGAGGACAGGAGCUGGUUCGACAACCUGAUGAAGUCCAAGAUGAAGUCCGAGUUUAACAUUGAGUUCGAAGACGUUGUCAAACAGCAGCCUAUUAUAUUUGGGGACUUCAUGUCUCAGGGCGGAGAUCAAAAACCCUACGUAGAAAUCACUGACCACGAAAAGAUGGUGAAGCUGUUGGAUGAGUACCUAGAGGACUACAAUCAGAUCAACACGGCCCAGAUGAAGCUGGUCUUGUUUAUGGACGCCGUGAAGCACGUGUCACGCAUCAGUCGUAUCAUCCGGCAGCCUCUGGGUAACGCCCUACUGCUGGGGAUGGGAGGCAGUGGUCGCCAGUCCCUCACCAGGCUAGCCGCUCACAUAAAUGAGUAUGACUGUUUCCAAAUUGAGUUGGCCAAGAACUAUGGAAUGACAGAGUGGCGAGACGAUCUGAAGAACACGAUGAUGAAGGCGGGGCUGGAGAACAAGCCGAUGGUCUUCUUGUUCAGUGACACUCAGAUCAAGUCUGAGUCCUUCCUGGAGGACUUAAAUAACAUUCUGAACUCUGGGGAUGUGCCUAAUAUUUAUGCGUUUGAUGACCUGGAGAAUAUAUACACUGCAAUGAAGCCCGCGUGUCAGGAUAUGGGAAUGCAGCCUACGAAAACAAAUCUGUUCUCUCUGUACACAAAGAAUGUCCGGAGUAACCUUCACACAGUCAUCACGAUGAGUCCCCUGGGUGAGAUUUUCCGAGCCCGCCUGAGACAGUUCCCGGCCCUGGUAAACUGUUGUACCAUUGACUGGUUCUCGGAGUGGCCGGCCGAUGCCCUUAGAUCUGUGGCUCUACGAUUCUUGAUGGACAUUCCAGAACUAGAAACCACAGAUCAAAUUAUGGAGGGUCUGGUUGUAAUGUGUCAAGAAAUCCAGGUGUCUGUGUUUAACCACUCCCAGAAAUUCCUGGCUGAACUUUCUCGUUAUAAUUAUGUGACUCCCACAAGUUACUUGGAGUUGCUUGGAAUUUUCUCUAAACUGGUGGGCAUGAAAAAGACUGAGCUGAAUACAGCUCGUAAUCGCCUGAAGACAGGUCUGGAUAAGUUGCUGACCACUGCAGAUGAAGUGGCCAAACUGUCUGCUGAGCUGGAAACCAUGAAGCCACUACUGGCUGAAGCUGUAAAGGAAUCUGUAGCCACCAUGGAGCAGAUCUCCAAAGACACUUUGGUUGCUAAAGACACAAUGGAAGUGGUAGAGAGAGAGGAAGCCCAAGCCACUGUGAAAGCCAAGGAGACACAAGCCAUCGCUGAUGAUGCCCAGAGGGACCUCAAUGAAGCCCUCCCUGCUUUGGAAGAGGCUGUGGCCAGUUUGAAGUCCUUGAACAAGAAUGACGUGGUAGAGGUCAGGGCCAUGACCCGACCUCCACUUGGGGUCAAGAUGGUGGUGGAGGCCGUGUGUAUCAUGAAGGAGGUCAAACCAAAGAAGGUCGCCGGCGACAAGCCAGGAGAGAGAAUCAAUGACUACUGGGACCCUGGUAAAGCCCUGCUGAGCGACCCUGGAAAAUUCCUGGAGAGUUUGUUCAAGUUUGACAAGGACAAUAUCCCAGAUGAUGUGAUCAAGAAGAUCCAACCCCUGAUUGACAACCCAGACUUCACCCCUGCUGCUAUUGCCAAGGUAUCUAAAGCUUGUACCUCCAUCUGUCUGUGGGUGAGAGCCAUGCACAAGUAUCACUUUGUUGCCAGGGGCGUGGCUCCCAAGAGGGAGAGGCUGGCCCAGGCCCAGGCUGACCUGGCGGAGACCCAGGCCAUUCUGGAGGCCGCCAAGAUGAGGCUUCAUGACGUACAGGAAGGCAUUGCUACACUGCAGGCCAAGUAUGACGACUGUGUAAGGAAGAAGGAUGAACUCGACCAGAAGUGUACCGAGUGUGAGCAGAGAUUGGUCAGAGCCGACAAGCUGAUUGGAGGACUGGCUGAUGAAAAGGACAGAUGGAAGGAGUCUGUAGAGAAGUUGGAGUCCAUCAUCAACAAUUACUUGGGCGACGUCCUGGUGUCUGCAGGCUACAUAGCUUACUUGGGGCCAUUCACUGGAAAGUAUAGAUCUGACAUGCAGGAGGAGUGGGUUAGGAAACUGGAUGAGAACAAAGUCCCACGUACUGGUGAACCCACCCUAGUGGCCACCCUGUCUGACCCGGUCAAAGUUCGCAGCUGGCAGAUCGCAGGGCUCCCCAAGGAUAAUCUGUCGACAGAGAACGGUGUGAUUGUCAAGUACUCCCGUCGAUGGCCCCUCUUCAUUGACCCUCAGGGUCAGGCCAACAGAUGGGUCAAGAAUAUGGAGCGAGAUGCGGGUCUGGAUGUGAUCAAACUUUCAGACAAGGACUUCCUCAGAAGUCUGGAGAACGCCGUCAGGUUUGGUAAGCCGUGUCUGUUGGAGAACAUAGGGACAGAUUUAGACCCUGCCUUGGAACCUAUUCUUCUGAAACAGACCUUCAAGCAACAAGGUAGUAUGGUGAUCAAGUUGGGAGAUGCCAUCAUUCCAUACCACGAUGACUUCAAGUUCUACAUCACUACCAAGCUCCCCAAUCCUCACUACACACCUGAGGUCUCCACCAAAGUCACACUGGUCAACUUCACACUGUCUCCAAGUGGUUUGGAGGACCAGAUGUUGGGAAUUGUGGUGGCUGAGGAGCGUCCUGACCUUGAGGAGGCCAAGAACCAGCUGAUCAUCAGCAAUGCCAAAAUGAAGCAGGAGCUGAAGGAGAUUGAGGACAAAAUCCUGGAGAGGCUCAGCUCCUCCGAGGGCAGCCCAGUCGACGACCUUGACCUGAUUGCUGUGUUGGAAGCUUCCAAGAUCAAAUCCCAGGAAAUAAAGGCCAAAGUGAUGGUGGCUGAGCAGACAGAGAAGGAUAUUGACGUGACUCGCAGUCAGUACAUCCCUGUGGCCAUCAACACACAGAUCCUGUUCUUCUGUGUGGCCGACAUGGCCAACAUUGACCCCAUGUACCAGUACUCCCUCGAGUGGUUCGUCACCAUCUUCCUUGGUGGUAUCGCUCAUGCCGAGAGAGCAGAGGCCAAUAACAUAAAGCAAAGAGUUCUGAACAUCAACAACUACUUUACCUUCAGUCUCUAUUCCAAUGUCUGCCGAUCACUGUUUGAGAAGCACAAACUGCUCUUUGCCUUCCUUUUGUGUUCCAGAAUCAAACAGCAUAAUGGGGAAAUUGAUAUGGAUGAGUGGCGUUUCCUGUUAGCUGGUGGCACAAGUAAACCCAAGGAGAUCCCCAACCCCUGUGAGGACUGGGUGUCCAUCCGAUCCUGGAACGACAUACUCACCACUGGGGUGCUGCCAAAGUUUGCCUCAUUCUCCGAAGAGUUCAAGAACCACGCUGAUGGCUUCAAGAAGAUCUUUGACAGCUCAGAGCCACACCGUGAGGAACUGCCAGGGAAGUGGAACACUGACUUAGACUCCUUCCAGAAACUGAUCGUCCUCAAAUGUCUGCGACCAGACAAAGUGACCAAUGCCAUGCAGGACUAUGUGGCUGAGAACUUGGGUCAGAGGUUCAUUGAGCCACAGACAGCUGACCUACAUCUAGUGUUCAAGGACUCAUCUCCCACCACCCCGCUUAUCUUUGUCCUGUCCACAGGGACAGACCCUGCUGCUGAUCUGUACAAGUUUGCCGAUGAGAUGAGAUUCUCUAAGAAACUGAGUGCCAUCUCUCUUGGACAGGGUCAGGGACCUCGCGCUGAGGCCAUGAUGAGGAGCGCCAUGGAGCGAGGAAAGUGGGUGUUCUUCCAGAACUGUCACUUGGCCCCCAGUUGGAUGCCCAGCCUGGAGAGGCUGAUUGAGCAGAUUGACCCAGACAAGGUACACAGGGAUUUCCGCCUGUGGCUGACCAGUAUGCCCAGCGACAAGUUCCCAGUCUACAUCCUUCAGAACGGCUCCAAGAUGACAGUGGAACCACCCCGAGGACUGAAAGCGAACCUGCUUAAGUCCUACUCAGGAUUCACCGACGAUUUCCUCAACUCUUGUGGUGACAAGCUGAAAUCUCCUCGGACCGUAGAGUUCAAGCAUCUCCUGCUUUCUCUGUGCUUCUUUCAUGGUGUUGGCAUUGAGAGGAGAAAGUUUGGAGCCCUCGGCUUCAACAUUCCCUACGAGUUCACCGAUGGUGACCUCAGAAUCUGUGUCAGUCAGCUGAAGAUGUUCCUGAUGGAGUACAAGGAAAUUCCAUUCAAGGUGUUGGUGUACACCGCUGGACACAUUAACUACGGAGGUCGUGUGACGGACGACUGGGAUCGUCGCUGUAUGAUGAGCAUCCUUAACGACUUCUACAAACCAGAAGUCCUCAAUGAAGACUACAAGUUCUCUGAAUCGGGCAUUUACAAGCAAAUCCCACCAUCCAAUGACCAUAAUGGAUACAUGUCGUACAUCAAGAGUCUACCAAUCAACGACACACCGGAAAUAUUCGCUCUCCAUGAAAAUGCCAACAUCACGUUCGCCCAGAACGAGACCAACGCCAUGUUGGGAGGUCUGUUGCUACUGCAGCCGAAGACAUCAUCCGGUGGUGGCAAAUCUAGGGAGGAGGUAAUGGAGGAGACAGCUAAGGAGAUUCUAGGCAAGGUCCCCAAGCCGAUCCCGCUGGACCCGAUCUUUGAGAAGUACCCGGUCAUGUACGAGCAGUCCAUGAACACUGUGCUCAUCCAGGAGGUCAUCAGGUACAACCGGUUGUUGGAGACCGUACACAACUCGCUGCAGGCUCUACUGAAGGCCCUCAAGGGUCUGGUGGUCAUGUCUCAGGAGCUGGAGAACAUGGCCAACAGCCUCUUUAUCAACUCUGUUCCAUCGAUGUGGGCAGGGAAGGCGUAUCCCUCCCUGAAACCCUUGGCAUCCUGGGUAGUAGAUCUGGAGGCACGUAUGAAGUUCAUCACGGACUGGAUAGAGAAUGGCAUGCCAUCUGUGUACUGGAUCUCCGGAUUCUUCUUCCCGCAAGCUUUCCUGACAGGAACGCUUCAGAACUUUGCCAGAAAGAAGGUCAUCUCCAUUGACACCAUCUCCUGGGACUUCAAGGUGAUGAGGGAGUCUUUGACGGAGCUGACCAAACAGCCGGACGACGGCUGCUACAUCCGGGGGCUGUUCCUGGAGGGGGCCCGCUGGGACCCCAUCAAGCAGAUGCUGGCCGAGUCUCGCCCCAAAGAGCUCUACGUGGAUGUGCCGGUCAUCUGGCUGAUUCCCACCGCCAACCGGAAAAACCCAGACAAGGGCAUCUACGAGUGUCCGGUGUACAAGACCCUCACCCGUGCAGGUACUCUGUCUACCACUGGUCACUCCACCAACUUUGUGUUUGCCGUGGAACUACCGACCGACCAGCUACAGAAACACUGGAUCAAGAGGGGCGUGGCCAUGCUGUGUGCCCUCAACUACUAACUGUCUCCCCCAGCGUCUGUGGUCCACAUAUGUGACGUUUUUGUACUACAUGUACUUGUGUUAGUGGACGGUGAGGGAUGUGGGUUUGGAGGAGAUGGGGGACACUUCCUGACAACAAGGAUGCCCAUUGUGGGGUUCCUUCUUCUCCUGUAUCAUGUCAUGUUGAUCCCAUCAUGUACAUACAAGAAAUCUGUGAUAAAAACUUGAUGAUUUUUACAAUGCUAAAUAUUCCGUCCAAUUUUUCCACAUGUAUAUUUUUAAUUUACUCCUAAGUUUUCUAUUUUAUGUACAUUGGUUAACAUUCUGUCUUGAUUAUUCCACAAAUACUAGCUGUUAUUUAUUUUACUGUAAGUUUUUUAUUUUAAAAUGUACAAAGCUAAAUUUUCUAUAAUUUUUUAUGAGUAAUAUAUACAUUAUAAAGGUCAAUAUGGAUAACAUUUUUACAAAUAGACAGACAAUUCCUAGCUUUGUGCCAAUUAAUUCCAUGGCUCUUUUCAUACAGUUUUACUACAGCUUGCGUGUUUAACACAGGCAUUUAAUAGUUUGUUGUUUGUUUUAGAGUAAAUUUUCCUAAACAUGUUUAAUUGAGUGAUUCAAUAACACAGACUGUACCUUGACCAAUAUAUAGAUUUUUGCGGAGUGUAUUUGUAUAUACCAUAUGGCCUUCAAUUCAGUACAGUUUUUCUGUGGCCUCUCUGUCUUGUAUUUCAGUAAUCAAUUUUAUGUGACAGCUGAUUCAAUAAAUACCUUCAAAGAAAAAAUCCAUUCAUGAUAAAGAAAUCCAAAUAUAUGAAAAAUGUUUUCUUCUUGAAAUUCUCUUUAUUUAUAAUUGUUGAAUUUGUUUUUUGGUUAUUAAUAAAGAUUAAUUAAUUCUGA